GCAGCUCUCGAAGCAUUUUUAUUAUAAAAUAAAACAUAUAUAGAAUUAGUUGAAAUUAAAAAAGAACAAGAAGAAAAAAAAUACCCAAAAAAAGGAGAUGGUGGAUGGUAUCAUACAACAAAAGUCGAGCAAGGUAUGAUGGCUCUGAUAUGUUAGCAGAUCUCCGGAUGGAGCCUAGUGGAAAAUUUGAAAAUUUUUGCCGUAUGUCAUCUACGGAUUUUGAAUAUUUGUUAGGUAAAGUAGGACCUUAUAUAUCCAGACAAGACACGGUGUUGAGAAAAUGUAUACCAACACAAGAAAGAUUAGCUAUGACGCUACGUUUUUUGGCUACUGGAGAUAGUUUUAAAAGCUUGUCAUAUCUAUUUAAAGUUUCAACACAAACUGUAUCAAGAUGUGUACAUGAAACGUGUUCUGCAUUAAUUGAUGAACUAAGAUAUGAAAUAAAGGUAUUAUGAAAAUUUAUUUCAA